AUGGUCGACCCAUCUUCGUCAUCGGUCGUUCCGCCGACGCUGACACCGACAGUUAUGGACUCGCUUGGCUCGCCGACUUCUUCGACGGCGAUGCAGGGCCGACGAGGCUCGCACCAGAUGCUCCCGCCCAUCGCGACCGAGUUCACAUCUCAGCAGUCUCAUACGAUCCCCGUCUUGUCUGCGGCCCUCUCAGACUCAUCGAGCGCACACGACGAGACGAUGGCGCGGUAUCAAUCGACGAGGCAUGCUAAAAAGGACUCUUCAUCAUCGUCGACAUCCAAGACGGCGGCCUUCUUUGGCUCUUCCGACUCUCUGGCGCCCGUUCUGCCGUCGACACUAGGUUCGACGGGCUUGUUGACAGGCACUGAUCAGAAUGGCCUUACGAGGCACGCAUCUAACAGCUCGACAUCCUCUUGGACGCACAUGGGGCCGGGAGGAGCAGCGAGGCGGUGGGACGAUUUUGAAGGAAAACCCAUCACACCACUGCCCAGUCCUGGCAUUAUGGCGGGCGAUCAUGGCGGCGGCGAGACAGUCGAGAUGCUUGCGACAGCAGACGGGCACAGCGGGGGCAACUAUCUUUCGGCGGCAGGUCCCUUCGACGCUGCAUUUGCGAGACGGAGAAGGGCCGCCUCUUCUACUGGAUCGUCGUCGUCAGGAGCAGGAGGAGGACGCGGUGGCGGUGGUGGUAGUUUUGUAGAGACGAACCAGCAGCAGGUGUCGUCGUCGGGUAGCCUCAAUGGCAGCUUGUCCAAUUUUGACGUCUCACUCUCCGACGACUCUAUUGCCCACAUGACGUCGUUGCCCUCACUUCCUUCGCAAACUUCGACGUUGGGCCUCGAGCCCAACUCUGAGUCGUCUUCGGUGACGCUCUCCCCUGCUCGAGGACAAGCGCAGCAGCAGCAGCAGCAGCAAUAUCCUCGACAGGACGAUGCAGCAUCUUCAUCUUCGAGCCCCCCGAAGCAAGAGGCAUGGCGGCGUGGUGCCUCUUCGUCGACGUCUGCCUCGUCUGGCCCGUCGUCGUCCUCGACAUCCUCCAAGACGUCGAAUUUCUUUGGCGCCAGCUGGUCCAUCUCUUCUGCUCCGACAACACAGUCGCAUUCGGCGAAUGAAAGAGAACAAGAGACCGAUGUGGUUGCGUCGCCCAUGAGUGCAGGAUACCUAGGCUCGCCUGCCAGCCAGAAGCGGGAGCCUCCGCCGUCUUCGUCGGCCUCGAGAUUGCACGACCAGCAAGUUUCUUCCAGAUAUCCUUCAGCACCAAGCGAUGGAGACAUUCACGGCUUGCGUGCGCCGUUCAGCAGCGGUAGGCCUGUCCCGGUCCGUGCCUUUGACUCCAUCUCGGCGCUUCCUUCCGCCAUUGGAGACGCGCCUUCGCUGCUGCCCUCGCAAGCGCCGACUGUGGAGCUGCAUACGCCGCCAUCUCCUACGAUUGAAGUCUCUUCCUCCUGGAGCCGUGACGGACGAGGAGGCCAGGUGGGGAGAUCGUCGAGGUCGAGAGGCACGUCUUCAACCCGCCAUGUCCAUGGACCAUCGGAGAAUGCGACGGGCAGCAGCUUUCUGCCCUCAGUGGAGGCUGUCAAGAGCGCGGGAGCCCUGUUUGUGAAGGAGCCAUUGGCGUCAUCGACUAUCAAGGAUGUGCCUGCCAAUGGCCCCGCCUCGGUGACCUCGGCUGGGGAGGCUGCGGUGAGGAGAGAUAGCGCGAGGGACCAAGCGGGUCUCAUCGGUGCAGCCAAGGCUGCUGUGAGCGAGGCCGAAGCGACCGAGGAAGAAGAAGAUGAAGUACGCGGCAUCAUUGGUCCGUACAGUGUCGAGCGGACGCUUGGGGUGGGUGCAUUCAGCCGGGUGGUGUUGGCUGCGCGCAAGGCUGGCACACCACCACCUCUUCCGCCAAGCAACGGCUCUACCGGCAAGAGGAGCAGCGUGAGCGUGAGCAGAGAUCUGGUCGCGCUCAAGAUGCUCGAACGAGCGCCGUGCAUGCAGAAUGAGCGUAUGAAGGUCAGCUGGGUCAGAGAGGUGGAGGUGCUCAAGCACAUCGUGCAUCCCAGCAUUGUCCGCUUCAUCUCGUCCUUCUCCACGCCCCGGCACCACAACCUCGUCUUGGAGCGCGUCGGCGGCGGCGAGCUGUUUGAACUGCUGGCCAACCACUCGCUCGAGCUCGCCAAGCGCGAGUGGCUUGUACGCCGCCUAUUUGGCGAGUUGGCCAAUGCCGUUGGGUGGAUGCAUGCCAUCAAUCUCGUCCAUCGCGACAUUAAAUUGGAGAACAUCAUCCUCACUUAUGACCUGUUCAGCACGGACCUGAGGCCGUCCACGCUGGGUGCUGGUCCGCUGCUCAAGCUCACCGAUUUUGGGCUCUCGCGUUUCAUCGAUCCCAACUCGCCCUUGCUCGAGACGCGGUGUGGCUCAGAAGAGUAUGCGGCGCCGGAGCUCAUCAUCGGCAAGCGCUACGACGGGCGCAAGACAGACGCGUGGGCUAUGGGUGUGGUCCUAUAUGCGCUUCUGACGGGAUGCCUGCCUUUCUUGGAAGACACCACGUCUUCGACGACCACGACCGGCGGCGUGGGCCGUGAAGGUCAGGGCGUCGAAAGGGAUGCCAAGGCCAGGAAGACGCACCUCCUCCGCAUCGCAAAGGGCGACCUCCGGUGGCCGGCUCGCGACAACGACCAGUCGCUCGACGUGUCGCCAGGCGAGCAAGCAGGUGGCUUUGCGCCAAACAAUCGCCUGGUCACACCUCGUGCCAAGCACAUGGUCGGACGACUGCUCAGGCGAGACGCUGCCAAGCGUGCCACGGCGUGGGAAGCGUGGGAUGAGGAGUGGAUGACCGAGGGCAGCUUUACGAAGGAGGCCUCGGCACACGGCGACGAGGUCGAACCGCCGCUGGACCCACGAUCGGCACAGGGACAGCGGUGGCUGCUCGAGCACGCUCGUGUCCACAGUGGUGCCGCCGAGCUGGCCCAUGACGACUGA